AUGUCAGUCAGACGAGCGACUCAUGGAGGAAGCUGGUACUCCGAUUCGCCUGAAGAACUGAGAAAGCAGUUGGAUAACUGGCUGAAUGCAGCGGAUUUGACACAUGGACCUGCUCGAGCAAUAAUAGCACCUCAUGCCGGAUAUCAAUACAGUGGGGCCUGUAGCGGUUUUGCGUACCGACAAGUCAGUGCCGUCGUAGUGAGACGGAUUUUUAUAUUGGGACCAUCCCAUCAUGUGCGUCUCGGUGGAUGUGCACUUUCUACUGCGACCAAGUACUGUACGCCCUUAUACGACUUGCGAGUUGAUGUGAAAGUAAAUGCUGAUCUUGACGCUACAGGACAUUUUGAGUGGAUGGACAUGUCUGUAGACGAAGACGAACACAGUAUAGAAAUGCAUCUUCCUUACGUUGCAAAAGUAAUGGAGGAUUAUAAAGAUUCUUUUACAAUUGUGCCGGUAUUAGUUGGCUCACUGACGCCUGACAAAGAGUCCGUCUACGGCAGUAUUUUCUCGCAUUAUUUAGCAGAUCCACAAAACUUAUUUGUGAUAUCGUCUGAUUUCUGUCAUUGGGGACAUCGCUUCAGAUACACGUACUACGAUCGCAGCUGGGGUGACAUAUUUCAAGCAAUAACAUAUUUAGACAAAAUGGGAAUGGACAUUAUUGAGUCCCUAGAUCCACAAGCCUUUACUGCAUAUUUGAAGAAAUACGGAAACACUAUAUGUGGACGUCAUCCCAUAGGUGUUUUAUUGCAAGCUGUGAACAGUUUGCAGAAAUCUGGUAGUAAUGGUCAUAGGAUGUGCCUUAAGUUCUUGAAAUAUGCACAGUCCAGCCAGUGUAACAAUAUGAGUGAUUCGUCUGUAAGCUACGCAGCUGGAGCCCUCACGAUUGAAUAA